GCUGAGGGUCAGCCUUCCAUUCUUGCUCUCCUCCUUGUUCCUCCUUUCAGAUUCAAUUUGAGACACCGCGUCAGCGUCGAUGGAGUCAUCUCUGAGAUUAAUAUCCUUGGGCAAAAGUUUUCUGAGGAUAUAACACUUCUUCUGCAACUUGGAAAGCUAGACUGUUGAUGACGAGGCACAGUGGCUACUUAGUGCAGCCGGCCGGUCGGACAAAGGCACAACAGUAACAGUAGCAGAUCGCUACUUCCUUGAACUUUUUGUGGGGUUCCUGCCAACUUGGACUCCAACUGCGCCUCCAGAAAUUUGGCGACACACGUCUUCAGUAACAUCCGAGUAGACAUUCGUCCAUUCAGGUGCCUUGGGCACAGUCGAAACGUGGCUUUUCGCCUUGACCUGUUUGUUUUCUGUUGCCUCAAUUGCAUGAUUUCAGCACAAGUCGGACCAUCUUCACCCUCCUUCGCCCUCCGAACCUUCUUCCCAACCAUUUAACGAACAAAGAACCCUCUUGACACCGCUCUACACUCGCCCUGCUUUGCACGCUUUGCUAGCACAAUAUCAUGCCUAGCAAGAGAGCACAAGAUACCGCGUUAUAUCGCAAAGAUGUAGCCCUGAAAGGCGAGGCCCUCACACCUGCUGAGAGAGAGAGAAUUCUCAAACAGUAUCUACCGGACCUAUCCUUCUCCUCAACCACCGCCGAAAGCACAGCACACCCCAACGACGUGUCGCAGAAGCCACGAAGCCAUAAACGCAGGCUGAGGCCCUUUCUCAAAGCCAAACUACACUUCUUUGUCUAUUUCAUCAUUCAGUUGAUUUUUGGAAUCUACAUCCGACUGCGUCAGAUCUAUCAUGCCACCGUCGACAGGUUAAUCGCCAUCCGACACUACCAUCAUCGAACACCAGAGUAUAUCCAAAGAGAUGUCAAGAACUUGGACCGAAUCCCCGAACACCUCAGUGUGAUUCUCAAGUUCAAGUCUGAGCAAGAUGGGGGACUAGAGGCGCUGAUGGAUGAGGUGGCAGAGUUGACUGUCUGGUCAGCUUCUGCAGGCAUUCCUGUAUUAAGUAUAUACGAGAAGUCUGGCAUCCUGAAGACAUACAUCUCCUCCCUGGAAACACUCGUGAAUCAGAAGUUGGUCUCAUACUAUGGAGCCCCGCCAGCAACCCCGACCCUGCGAGUUCUGGCACCCAAUCACCCGUCGAUGGCCGCCUCUCCAGCACCCUCGCCGCGUCUCCCAGCACAGACAAAUGGUGCAGGUUCAACACAACCGAGUAGACCGCACAUUGAUCUUCUCCUCCUCUCCGCUACUGACGGCCGCGAGACUCUUGUCGAUCUGACCAAGACCCUGGCAGAGAUGGCUCAGUCGCGUAAACUCAAUCCCAAGGAUAUAACCUCGAAUUUGAUCAACACAGAAAUCAGCGCAACCACGUCUCUGACGGAUUCGAGACCAGAUUCCAAGAAAGACGGCUUGACGGGAGAGCCCGACCUAGUUAUCAUAUUUGGGCCACUGGUCAAACUCGAUGGCUAUCCACCAUGGCAGAUUCGACUGAGUGAGAUAUUCUGCGUGGGUGAUUCAGGGGCCGAUGUGAGUGGGAGUGAGAGCACCAGAGUGGAGUAUCAAGGUUUCCUGAGGGGUCUGUGGAGAUAUGCUGGAGCAGAAAUGAGAUUUGGGAGAUAGUACCGGU